AUGGCUCUCGUUUUGUUGCCGUCUUCCCUCGCGGUCAAAUCUCCCAGCCCACCGCCUACAGAGAUAGCGCACAUGCACAAGAACCCCAGCCCGAGAUCUACAUCACCCGUGGACCUGGAUUAUCACGGCGAUGUAAAGCUCAGAGUCGGGGAGAAGAAAGUUGUCGACGGCCAGUCCAUCGAGCCCACCUACUUCACAGCCUGCUCUCGGACUUUGGCGAGGAUUUCGCCUGUUUUCGAUCGCAUGCUGUACGGCCAUUUUGCCGAAGCAAAAAAACCAACCACACCCGACGAAGACUGGAUCGUGAAUCUACCCAACGACAAGCCAGAACCCAUGGGCAUAUUGCUUGGCAUCGCACAUUGCCAGUUUCUAGCUGUGCCAAAGACACUUACUCUUGAUCAGCUGUACGAGCUGACAGUCCUCACCAAUUACUACGAUGCUACCGCAUUACUCAGUCCUUGGGUUGACUCGUGGAUCGCCUGCAUGGAUGGCAUCUCCAAACAUAAUGCACGCGUCCUCCUCCCAAAGGUGCUCUGGAUAGCGUGGGAGCUAGGCAAGGUCAGCAUCUUGGAGGACACGGCUCGUCGGAUGCUAUUGGAAGUUGACGGGCCCCCGUUUAUGGACACGUGUGAAGAAGAGGAUAUCCAGACUCCUCCAGAUGUCGUUGAGCGCAUAGAUGCGAUCCGCACCCAAACCACCCGAUCGCUUCUGGAAGUCGUCGGCGACAUGACCGAGGCCCUGGUAGUGGUUGACGAGAGGCCUAGAUGGUGCCGCCACGCGCAAUGGAUGGGUCAUCACAAAUGCGAGUCCAUGAUCCUUGGAUCAAUGACUUUCUGCCUCGCAAGGGCUGGGCUCUGGCCUCUACCGGAUGCCGAAGAAGUCGAGUACAGUACUCUGAGCCUCUAUGGCAAGUUGACAGAGCUGGUCAUUCACGACAUCGGGGAGGAAAGGCUACAUGACGUGGUCCGGAGUCAUACAGAAUGUAAUCCCCGGCGACACGUGCUUCGGAGGUUGAGAAGUAUAAUGGAGGAGCUGCCCAGUUCACUCACGGAGAAGCAUAUGGCGACCGUGGAAAAGCAACGGCAGCGGCUGAUGGCUAGCUAA